AUGUCUCAAUCGGGACAAGCGAGGGAAGACUUGAACUGGCUUCAUGCCGGUGUCUACAACGAUCCGCAAGGGAACAAGCAACAAAUAUACUACGCAUUUGAAAGCAGACCAGUGAAAACUGUGACGUAUCAAACCAACCCGUUUCGAAUCGUGUACGCUGCGGACAACACGGGUACCAUGCUUGGGAAUCGGAACGUGGGCCAGAUUAAGCGAAAUCUCAUCACCUGGGAUGAGCAUUUACAAGAGGAUUGGGGUCAAUACCUUAGGUCAGACGGAGGAUGGCAGUACGGAUAUACCACUAGGGGCAGAAUACAACAACGGAAGACCCUGCUGGAGAAGUUCAAUGACGCCGACUUCGACGAUCCAUUUCCCGAUGGAAACCAGUUUUUGAACAUAGGUCCAUCUAUCAAUGCCAUCCAUGCCCCUGGCGACGAUGCCGACAAUAGAGAGGAAGAGCAAGAAACACCCGAGGCUAGGUUCCCAGUUCGAGGGCCCACUUAUCCAAAUACGCAGAUUCCUCAAGACUUUACUCAUAUCAAGGUUAGUGCGUACCGAGAAUGGAAGUUAUCAUCUUUGCGGGUGGUCAAAGAUUUCCUAAAUGGUAAGAUGGCCGCAAAGCGGGGAUCCAACUUUCCCAGAUAUGAAGAUCUGCAAGUAGAUAGAGUCGAGUCUGCAUUUUACGACUUGGGCUGGCGGGUUGACCGAAGAGCGGUAUGGAGCGCUAAUAGAGAGGUCGGACAUAAUCUAGUUAGGCGUGCCAUCGAUUCGCAGGCUUGGAAGAACAAUCCGCCGUUGAGAUAUGAUUUAUAUAAGGGGGAGGAAGUUGAGCGGCUGAUGAACGAUUUAAAGAGGAGGGAAGAUGGUAUCAGUGAUGAAGAGGACGAUGAGUCUGAUGGUGACAACUAUGGUGGAGGUGGAGGUGGUGGUGGAGCACCCGGUGAUGGAGACGAGUCGGACGAAUUCAGUGAUGGGGGGGAUGAUGAUGGAAACCCCCUAUUCGUCUCAGAUAAUAGACCAAGAAAGCGCCAUGGAGGGAAAUCUAAAAAUGCACAGAAAAAGGGAAAGGCCGUUUCUAGGAAAGGCAAAAAAGACAAAAAGCGCGAGAAAAGAAAGAAGGGAAGGGGAGAGAGGGCGAGAAAGAAAGUGAAGCAAGCCAAGAAAACCAAUGUGGAUCAUAUAUUAGAUGACAAUUCGGAAGCAGACAUUGAUGGUGCAGAGCCAGGCCCCUCACGCGAACAGAGAGCAGUUUCAGAGGGAUUUAAUCAAGCUGAUAACCUUCACCAUGGCUCAAAUGGUACAAAAAGGAUGCCGAUUACCAUAGAUGAUGAUUCUGAUAUGGAUGUGGACUAUGAUCAGAUUCAGCUUGAAGACCUCUAUGAUGACAUGGAUGAGAAUGGACCUGACGAUGUAGAUGAUGAGGGUGGACUUGGCGAGGCGGACUCCAAUCCACCUCAAAACCCAGCAACAAGCUUUGCAGGUCUUCUAGGGCUCCGAGAAAUGCACCUUCAACAUUCUAACACGCCGCUGAUUAAGCCAUCAUCAUCGCAUGCCGAAAGCGUUAGGGCAUCUCCAGCUCCAUCUCUAGACCAAAUGCCAGUUCCAGCUGAGAUUGGGACACCGAUCAAUUCCGGACCAGCAAAUCUAUCAAAAAGAUCGGCUUCAGAAACAUUUAAUGAGCCUAUUGACGAGGUUGAGCCGAGCUCAAAGAGAGCAAGGUCGGAGGAACCCAAGCCCCCGAUCAAACACGAAGUACCAGCCGAUAUCGAUAUCGAUCUGGAUGCCGACCGAGAGCCUCUGCAUGGAACUGGCAUCAACAGUGACCCGUUCAUCAUCGAGUAG